GAACCCAGGUGUGGGCCAAGCACUGUGCAUAGUUUCAGUUUGGGCAGCAGCAGCGCCCAGUGUCCUGCUGGCAACUCCUAGGAAGGCAGGGCUUGUGGACUCGCCAGCAGGCUGUUCCCCCGAAACUGACUCAACGCAAGAGAAGCAAGUCUCUAAAACAUCCAAGCAAGAAAUUGGCCUGGGCCCCACAGCCCAGAGGGAGCCACCAACGAUGACGCUCUUCUUCCUCGCCUGCCUGCUGGCUGUUCUCCCAGUGGUUUCCAUGAAGAGUCCCAUCUUCGGCCCCCAGGAGGUGAGCAGAGUGGAAGGCAGCUCAGUGUCCAUCAAAUGCUUCUACCCAGCCACCUCUGUCAACCGGCAUUCCCGGAAGUACUGGUGCAAGCAGGGAGCCAGGGGCCGUUGCACUACCCUCAUCUCGGACAGCUACUUCUCCAAGGACUAUGAGGGCAGAGCCAACAUCACUGAUUUUCCAGAGAGCAACAUGUUUGUGGUAGACAUUGGCCAUCUCACCAAGGAUGACACUGGGCACUACAAGUGUGGUUUAGGCAUUAUUAACCAAGGCCUGUACUUUGAUGUGAACCUGGAGGUCAUCCAAGGUCCCGGGCUCCAAAACGACAUUCAAGUCUAUACAGCAGACCUGGGCAGAACAGUGACCAUCAACUGCCCUUUCACGUCCGAGAAUGCUAUGCAGAGGAAGUCUGUGUGCAAGAAGACAGGCGAGACGUGUGUCCUAGUCACCGACUCCACUGGGUAUGAGAGCCCUGACUACAGCAACAGAGUUCAAAUCACUAUUCAGGACACCAGCCAACUAUCGUUCAGCUUCAUCAUCAACCGAGUCAAGCUCAGCGAUGCCGGGAAGUAUGUCUGCCAGGCUGGGGAUGAUUCUAGAGGUGACAAAAGCAAUGUUGACCUCAAAGUGCUGAAGCCUGAGCCUGAGCUACUUUAUGGAGACCUGAGGGGCUCAGCGACCUUUGACUGUGCCGUGGACCCCGAAAUGGCACGUCUGCCCAAAUUUCUGUGCCGGGUGAACAAAGAUAAAGCCUGUGAAGUGGUCAUCAACACCCUGGGGACAAGGGCUCAGGCCUUUGAUGGAAGGGUCCUGAUUACUCUCAAGAACCAGGGCUUCUUCAGUGUGCAUAUUACAGGCCUGCGGAAAGAGGAUGCUGGGAGCUACCUGUGUGGAGCCCACUCUGAUGGGGAGCCUCAGGAAGGCUCGCCCAUGCAGGCUUGGCAACUCUUCGUCAAUGAAGAGACGACGAUUCCGCGUAUUGUCUCUGUGAUGAAAGGUGUGGUAGGAGGCUCUGUGGCCAUGCUCUGCCCCUACCACCCUAAGGAUAAAAAUAGCCAGAAGUACUGGUGUCGCUGGAAUGAGCAAAACAGUGGCUGCCCACAGCUGGUGAGCAACGAGGGGCUGGUUAAGGAGCAGAGCAAAUCCUACGAGGGCAGGCUCGUCCUGCACGAAGAGCCAGGCAAUGGCACCUACACGGUCAUUCUCAACCAGCUCACCACCAAGGAUGCUGGCUUCUACUGGUGUCUGACCAGCGGUGAUACUCGCUGGUGGUUCACAAUGGAGCUCAAGAUUGUGGAAGGAGAGCCAAACCUCAAGGCACCCGAGAAAGCCAUUGCUUGGCUGGGAGACACUCUCAAGGUGCCCUGCCACUCACCAUGCAAGUUCUUCUCCUACGAGAAAUACUGGUGCAAGUGGAGCAACAAAGGUUGCAAGGUCCUGCCCAGCCAAAACGAGGCCUCCAGGCAGGCCUCUGUGAACUGCGACCCGAACAACCAGCUCACCUCCCUGAUCCUGAACCCAGUCACCACGGAGGAUGCGGGCUGGUACUGGUGUGGGGUGAAGGAUGGGCCCCAAUUCGGAGACACCGUGGCUGUCUACGUGGAGGUCAAGGAGAAGGCGAAGGCAUCCCAAGAUGUCAGCCAAGUGAACGCGGCGGCUCCAGGCAAGGAGGUGAUAGAGCCACCUGUCAAGGUGAUAGAGCCACCUGUCAAGGUGAUAGAGCCACCUGUCAAGGUGAUAGAGCCACGUGUCAAGGUGAUCGAGAACCAAGUCAUUAAAGAUCCCAGCCUUUUUGCAGAGGACAAACCAGUGAAGGAUAAUGGAAACCCAGAGGACAGGAGCAAAGCAUCUGCAGACUCUGGCAGCUCGGCGGGACAAGGAGGCAGCUCCACAGUGCUGGUCUCCACGCUGGUGCCCCUGGCCCUGGUGCUAGCACUGGGGGCCAUGGCGGUGGCGGUGGUUAGGGCCCGGCAUAGGAGGAACGUUGACCGGGUUUCGAUUGGAAGCUACAGGACAGACUUCAGCAUGACGGACUUGGAGAACUCCAGGGAUUUUGGAACCAAUGACAACAUGGGAGCCUCUAUGACCACUAUCACUCAGGAGACAUCUCUCGGAGGAGAAGAUGAGUUCACGGCCACCACCAAGGACACUGUGGAGACCCAAGAGCCCAAGAAGGCCAAGAGGUCCUCCAAGGAGGAAGCUGACAUGGCCCACACUGCCUUCCUGCUCCAGGCCAACAACAUGGCGACCAACGUCCAAGAUGGCCCCAGCAAAGCCUAGGCCAAGCGCCCUGCCUCCUCCUUCCACCCUUGACAAUCACCUUCAGAAUCACACUGAUCCUUAGGGCCCUCAGCGCUGCCUGCAUGCAACCCCACCCAGGCUUUUCCUGCCUAGUCCCUCUUCAGUGGCAUCCAAUCCUGGCUUCAUUGUUCCUGUUGGGGGCGAGGUGAUGUGAGGAGUUCCUGCCUGAGGGAACUUCUUUCUAAUGAGACAACUAAGGUGUGGAAGGAGAAGGAAUUUUUAGAAAGGGCCUCCUCAAAAAAAAAAAAGAAAAAAGAAAAAAAAAGAAAAAGAAAAGAAAAGAAAAA